AUGUUGCCUUCAGAUAAUGAUCCAAGUCAUCUACAUUGCUCAUCUCCAACAAAUGUUCAUGAUGCUGGAAAUCAUGUGUCUAGGACUUUCGCAAAUUCCUCCACAGAUUUCCAUAAGAAACGAAAAUCAAAAUGGACUAUCGACGAUAUAGAUAUUGGAAGGAAACUCGGCGAAGGUCGCUUCGGUUCAGUGCAUCUUGCGAGGGAAAAAGCUAGUCGAUUUGUCAUUGCUUUGAAGAUACUUUUGAAGCCUAGACUAGUAACAAAGGAAUUAAUGAAACAAGUGCAACGAGAAAUAGAAAUACAGUCACAUCUAAAACACCCAAAUAUUGUUCGUAUGUACAGUUAUUUUUAUGAUAAGAAGCGUAUUUAUUUGGUACUUGAGUAUGUACCUAGGGGGGAGUUAUCCAAAGAAAUCAAUCGCUUUGGUCAUUUUGGAGAUAGUCGCGCAGCAACUUACGUAUACCAGCUUUCCAAAGCUCUUUCUUACUGUCAUCAAAAUGAUGUUAUACAUCGAGAUAUCAAACCAGAAAAUAUACUUCUUGGAGCUCGCGGUGAAGUGAAGAUUGCGGAUUUUGGCAGCGCAGUGCACUUACCAGCUUCACGACGUAUGACUACUUUUGGUACGCUCAAUUACUUGGCUCCCGAAUUGUUCCAUUUGGAGUGUGUUCAUGAUCAUCGUGUAGACAUAUGGAGCUUGGGAAUACUCACUUUCGAGAUGCUUACCGGUCAUUUACCCUUUGAUGGUGAAACCUUCCAGGAGAUCUCCGAAAAGAUCCGAAAUGCUGAUGUUUCAUAUCCAGAUACAUUAAAUCUGGGUGCGACGAAGCUCAUUACUAGUAUGCUCAAAAAGUUGUCAAGUCAAAGGGUUUCUUUAAAUGAAAUCGAAAAUUAUGACUGGAUUAAAAUGCAUGCUGAAUUUUCUGUCAAUCAAUGCAGAGCAGCUCUUCAAGAUUGGGAAAAUGUUAAUAAUCAAAAUUCUACUUGUCCUUCAUCUAGUAGUUACGAGUGCUCAUCUACAUUUGUAAAUACAUUUUUAAACGAUUGA